AUGAUUCACUCUCUUGCAGCAGCAAUGAGCAACCAACUUCAAAACACCUCCUCUGUGAACACAGUCAGCGUGUGGAAUUUCCAGGACGCACGCAACUCGUCGCCUGUGCACACUGCAGACCUGCAGCCCCUUACCGUUAGCCCUUGGGACAUUGCGCUGUGUGUGACUGGGACACUCAUUUCCUGUGAGAAUGCGAUUGUGAUCGCCAUCCUUUUCUACACGCCGACCCUGCGGGCGCCCAUGUUUGUCCUGAUAGGGAGCCUUGCUUUCGCCGACCUGCUUGCGGGCCUUGGCUUGAUUCUGAACUUUAUCUUCAUCUACAUGUUCAACACGGAGUUUGUGACGCUGGUGUCAGUCGGGCUGCUCAUUGCUGCAUUCUCUGCCUCCGUGCUCAACAUCCUGGCUAUCACAGUGGACCGCUACCUGUCUCUCUACAACGCACUGACUUACAACACGGAACGCACAGUGACUUUUACCUACAUGAUGGUGGUGUUCAUCUGGCUGGUGUGCAUCACGCUUGGUCUGCUGCCUGUGCUUGGUUGGAACUGUCUCCAGGACGAGGCCCACUGCAGCAUUUGUCGCCCCGUCACCAAGAACAACGCCGUGGUCCUUGCGGUGACUUUCCUGCUCGUGUUCGCACUCAUGAUGCAGCUCUACCUGCAGAUCUGUAAGAUUGCCUUCCGUCACGCGCAGCAGAUUGCUGUGCAGCACCAGUUCAUGGCUAUUUCCACUACUAAAGGGGUCUCUACCCUUUCUGCCAUUCUGUGCACUUUCGCCGCAUGCUGGAUGCCCUUCGCCAUGUAUUCCAUUGUGGCAGAUUCUAGCUAUCCAAUGAUCUAUACAUAUGCCACAGUACUGCCAGCGACAUGCAACUCGGUCAUAAACCCAAUCAUUUACGCCUUCAGAAACCCAGACAUUCAGAAAUCCCUGUGGCUAGCCUGCUGCGGAUGUGUCCCAGCCAAUUUCUCACAAAGGCCAAGGACAUCAAGUGAUGUAUAG